AUGUGCAUUUUGCAAGACCAGGUGGCACAAUGCUUACUUGUUCUCGCACCGACACCAAGGAAUCGCUUCGAUGCUGGUCCUACACAUAUAACAACUGCGGCACCGGUUCUUCUAUCAGGGACAGAGCAGCCGCCAACUUCUCUGUUUGCUGGAUUUCCUCCAGCACUUCCUCCAGCACUUCCCCCAGCCCCUACCACAGAGCCUCCUACCACAACCACAACGUUAUCUUUGGCUUCCUUGCUGGGUGUUCUUAACAUUGGCUCGCCAUCUAUUACUCUACCACCGCUCUUCCCUACGCCAUCGACGUCUACCACAACCCCCGCUCCAGCUGUAGACAUUUGCAGUUUACCUCCGUUGACGGGCAACUGCCGUCAUGCUCGAAUUAUGUGGUACUAUGACACCGAGACAGGAAUGUGUGAGCGUUUCAGCUUCAGCGGAUGCGGAAACCUCAACAGAUUCUCCAGCAAAAUGCAGUGUGAAAUGACAUGCAUUCGGCGGGGUUGA